CUUGCUGGUCCUCUGCUCUUCCUCCUCUUUACCCGCAGUCAUUUAUUCUCUCUGCUUCGCAUUCUGGCGAUACUUUCUUCAGUGCCUUGAUAGAGUCCAUCUUGCACUAGUUGUCUAUAUUCCGUUUAGCACUGGCUAGUGUACCAGCGAGAUACACCCUCCCCUUUUCGAUCCGACGCCGUCCCACCCUACGAUUUGGCCGCGACAUUCCAUUCUCUACGCUGGAAAUAGCCCGAAUAUCCGGUUUAUAGCUCGACUAUUUACACGCUUUGUUACCUUGACAUACGGAACACGAAUCGACCCUCAUUAUUCUUUUCCACUUUAUUACACCUAUUUGGUUCUCUCCAGGUCUCGCCAUUCUUUCGCACGCUGUGUUCGAGGCUCUUGUCUGUUUCGAUAACGGCCGUGAGAAACGUAAACAAUACACAGUUAGACUGUUCUUUCUGGUAUUACGCGGCCUUUUGUUGUUUCGAAUCGCAACGGCCUGGUUUUCUCUAAACGCCUGAAACCAACCACAAGUGCGCGAAGUGUAUUCCUCUUCUAGGUACCUCUAUAUACUCUUUUCAGCCACGGAGCAUAUAGAACCCAUUUGGGAUCUCAUAACAAGAAUCACGAUACCAACGGAGACUACCCGGUCGCCAUGCACAUCUAGAUUCUUAACCUCUACUAGGAAUCUUGCAGUAACCUCAAACAUAUAGCGACGAUGUCGGCUAAGCCGCCAGCUUCGUUGGACAAAGCUUGCUCCGCGAUUUUCGGCCAGGAUAAUGCAGCAGUACUAUAUUCAUAUUCUCACGACACCUUCCUAUCUCUGCCUCUUAAAGAAGGCGGCAACUGGCAAACUAUAGACGAUGCUGGGCGAGUAAAAGUCAAUGGCGGUGUUUGUGUCGGCACUGAAGAUAGUUUCUGGGUCAUUGGCGGCAACGCCCCCGACAGACCAGACUAUCCUGGCCUCCAGAAAUACGAUUACAACUCAAAGAAAUGGUCUAUUAUCACAGUCGACAAGACACCAUUCAAGAACUGGACAGGCCACGGGGCUGCCUAUGUAAGGGACGGCACCAAGUCAAUCGUUUUGUAUGGUGGUGGUGUAGAUGGCAAGGCGUCCACCUCCACAUGGAUAUUUUCAACGCAAGGUCACACUGCGAGGGCUUUUGGUACUGAGAACAAGGCGAUACCACCAGCAAAGUAUCCUGUAAUCGGAUCGUGGGGCCCAGCUGAUGUUGCCAUGAUUGCUACCAAUGGUGCGGUGUAUGCCAUUAACCCUACCACAGCCGAACAAUCACCUACCAACGCCUGGAGAGAUCUCGGUAUCAAAAUGGCCGCUCCUGUUAUUGCAGAAUCACCAAUGCGUGCCGCUAUCGUUGCAGGAGACGACAACUCUAGAAGUUUGCUUCAAUUUGACUUGAGCCAAUCUCCCAACAAGUUUAGCCGCGUUGUUCUACAAGACGCAACUGGAAAACCUGUUCGCUUGGCGACAGAAGUACCGGUCCCCUCGGCCACCAAAGCCCCUACCAAGCGUGGGCUUACGCUCGCGACUUGGCCUACAUACGAUGGCGUCGCUCCGGAUGCCGCCCGCAGUAAUCCUGCUAUGGCACAGAGUUUGGAUGGUAGCAUGAUUGUCUUUUCUGGCGGCAAUAGUGAGAAGCCCAUCGCCAUGUUCAACGCUGCUGAUGGAGGUUGGGUGAACACGACAUCAUUCUUCUCUGAUGGUCGACAGAAAAUUCUCGACACAACCUCAACCGCCUCUCUCCCUCUGAGCACCUCGACAUCACUCUCCUCCACCACAUUUUCGACUGCUGUUAGCAGCACAACGGCUCCCUCAAUACCGACGGGGAAUGCUACAAGCGAGCAACCAGAGAUAUCUGGCCUGAGCUCCAAUGCAAUCUUGGGUAUUACUCUUGGUACCAUUGCUGGCUUCUUGGUACUCUUGGGCCUACUUUUGCUUUUGCUACGCCGUUAUAAGCAGCGUCGCCUUCGAGUCGCAGAUGACACGAUCAAUCCUGAGGAGAAAGAUACUGUCGCUUUUGCUAAGCAUAUGCAACCAUCAGCGUCACCUGCCCAUUACCGUGGGCACAAUCCACAGCUCUCCGCCGAGUCUUAUUCGUCUGUUGCCAUCAUGAUGGGACGUAUGGGGCCGAGUAAGCCUGGCAAUUCCAAGAAGCGAGAUUCGUUUCGAAGCUCUAUUAGCUCACUGCACAAACAAUUUAAGAGUACUAUUAGCAAACCAAUCCCUCAGGCUACAACCAACCCGAUGUUUGAUGGCGCGGAUGAUAAGGGCGUUGCCUUUGCCCCCUCGGUAGUAGAACCAAAGCCCCGAAAUCUCGUCCGCAAUGGCCCUGUAGGGAGCUCAGAUGGUACACGCCGCAGUUCUGGCUGGAAUAAGUACUGGUCCGGCGGAAGCGCGCUCCAAAUACUUGGUUAUGGAAACAAACGAACCACAGCAACAUCGGAGCAGAGCUCUCGCUAUUCAGAAGCGCUGAGUAACACCAACAGCCAGGUACCAACGCAGCGGGCAACUCAGGACUCUGCCACAGUGCCACCUCUCAGCUUUGACGAGCGUCCAGGCAUGAAUCGUGUUGUUUCUGGCAGCCCGAUUGUUUCGCAGUUCCACGGAAAAGUGCCCUUUGCCGAAGGCAUGUCAGGAACGAUUGAGCGCCCUAUCUCCCCCGUGUCCACUGCGUCUGGCUACUCUAGCGGUAUUCCUGAGAGUGUAAAUGAAGUUUGGAACCCUACAGACUCGGCCAAGCCUUGGGGUGCGAAUCGUGCACCAAGCAGCUCCUACACACACAGUGGACAAUUCGGCACUGCGCUAGCACCUGCAAACGGUGAUGCCAGUGCUGUCAACUCUAAUGCAACAAAAGUCACUAAGCAGGUUCCACUUGCGAUGGCCGGGGCUUCCUCUGAUAUGAGCUGGUUGAACCUGGGCGAUCAGUCUCGUACGUAAUGGGAUAGCUGAUGCCCAUGCUUUCGGCUAUGCACUCUUCACAGUCAUGGCUGUAUUGAUGUAUAUAUCACAGCUCUUCACAACAUCUUGCACAACCAUCAACCAUGUAACAUGACAUAACCCCCAACUGCCAUUUGGACAUACUCUGGUCUCAAUCUUUCUAUCUUGCUCGCUAUUAUUACAACCACAUCCUUCAGUCGCUUAACGUCUCAUAUAUCCUGCUUCAGUACAUUUUAGACACCCAAUUUUCUUGUUGCCCAUGUUUCUUUUCCUCGGGGCGCUGGGUGGCCCGCCUGCGUUUUGUGCAACCUGGUUGCUCUUUGCGUUGUCUACUCAGACCUUUUUUUUGUCUUUCGAUUUCCUCGGUUCUGGUAUUAAUGCGAAUGUUCACAUGGAGUUCACUCGGUGCGUGGUGUGGCUUUGGCAGACAAUUAUUUUUGAAAAUGUACAUAGUUUGGCCGAGGACACUCUCAUACUUCUUGGUAACAAACACGAUAUGCAGCAAAAUACACCCAUUUAUAGUUUGCAGACAGCGUUUCUAGUAAGGCUCCUAGCUUGUGCUUUAACACAGGCUUGCGCCAAACGGUUUUUAGUUCACUCUGUUCUGACAGUGUUGUGCAGUAGAGGGCCGCGACUGUUCCAACACUGAGCGUCGAGUCAUGCAGCUCUCUGCAUGUCAUCAAUUGUCCCCUGCUCAAGUUCGGUGAACUGCUUUUUACUGCAUCACUCGCGCGGCGCUUCUCGACUUGUUCUACGACCCGACUCGCCUGCACCAACGAAGAAAAGGCAAUAAAAGUUGGCCGACGACAGGGGUAGAGCUGCGAAAAGCCCAAUGAGACCUAUAGUAGACAGAGUGGACCGGCGAAUGUUUGUGUUUUGGCUACUCUGUAGUUGCCCGAUAACAGAAGCGUUGCGCGAGAAGAGACUUGUCACUGGAAGCUUGUCGUAAGCGGCUGGCAGAUGACGGAGCCACAGUUCGGCUAAGCUGCGCACGCGGAUCAGCGUGAUAGACAGGCUUGAAGAUUAUCAGCUGAGCCGAUGCAGCUUGGACGGCGCGCUGUUAUGAGCGUCUCAUUGGGAAGCCCUCUCGGGGGAGACAGCGGCUAAUGUGGUUAGCUGCUGGUCUUUGAACAAAUGGUCCACGAGUCCCG